UCUCUUGUUUUUGCAAUUCCUGUGAAAUUCGAUUCGAAAUGUCGGCAUCUGUGGAAAGUAUUGUCACGGGUGCAGCAGCUGCUGCUUCCCUAGACAAAUAUGGGGAAGAGGACCUGUUCAGUAUAUUAAUACGGUACGGACUUUAUGUGGGAGCCAUAUUCCAGUUCGUAUGCAUCUCGGCCGCCGUGCUGAUGGCCGGCGAGGAGACGGUGGACGCCAACGAAACGGAGAGAGAGAGUGAGCCGGUGAGGGCACGCCUGCACAAGAUCCGCAAGCUGGAGAAGAAAAAGCGCCGCUAGGUCAGGAAUCGCAUAUCUCAUAGCAUAGCAUAGCCCUAGUUAGCCUAACUACUUACCAUAUUCUAAGUAUACACUAAAAUAAAAGUCAUUUCUGUGAAAUGUGUAGCUGCCCAGCCCUUGAUCAAUCUGCCGACUCUGCCGCCCUGGCAUCUCUGCACAUGACUCAGGGCGGGGCGGGGCGGUGCGCCCCCAUUGCGAGAGCCCCCCACACCCAAGAAUCAGCUGCAAACAAAAAUGACUAAUUGUAUUUCUCUUUUAGUUUUGGCUCUUUAAUUUUGGGAAUAAUAUAAAUUAUAAUAAUCGUA